GCCGCCGCUUGGCCGAGGAGCGCAGGGCCGCGCGUUGGGUAAGGAGGGGCCCCAGGUAGCGGCCGCGCCUUUCGGCGGCUCCAGCUACUUUCUUUGCCUUUACGGGGAGGGAGGGAGCUCUUACUGUUUAUGGGGAUUUGGGGAGGUAUGGCCCCCUCUAACCACCUCCCCACUCCUGCCUCAGUCUUCUGGGGCGUGGAAACAGGCUCCCUCCACGCUUCUCUCUUACCUAGACAUGGAGCUCUCGUGCCCGGAGCGCCAUCCCUGGGGACCCCCUUGCACUGUUGGGCAGCUCCCCGCUGAUCCAGCCGGCGUUCCCUGCGCGCUGACCUGUGCGCCCCGGAGCGCACCGAGCUGGGCGCUGGGGAGGGAGGGGCAGGGCCGUUCGCUCGGGUCCCUUUGCUCCGACCGCAGCUCCCAGUCCAGGUCAACGGACUUGGGAGGUGACCUGGGGCCGGCGGGAACCCCGGGGACCCUCAGGCGGGCUAGGCAAGCGCGGUCAGAGGCGGCGCCCGCUCGGAGCCACGUGGAGUCGGGCGCCAGCGCCCACUGGGUUCCAGGAACCCAGACCUCCACGUUGCCGGGCGUCCGGAGCGGGCCACCCAGCUGGGACGUGAGUUCCAACCCUGGCUUCUCAGUUAAAUUACAUUUGCUCUCUGGACCUCAGUUUCCCCAUCUGUAAAAUGGAGCGAAAGAUCUGCCGCCCAGGCUGGUCUUGGAGAGGCAAGAUGUCUGGUGAGGCCAGCUGGGGUGGUACAGCAACAGAAUCUGGAGCCAGCCCCGAGUUCUUGGGGCCCGACACCCCGCUGCCUGGUGAGGCGGUCUUGGAGGCCUUCCAGGUGACCCACGCUGCCAGUUCUGUGAACGAUGAUCCCUGUGGACCUGGAAGGGCUACAACUCCAGCCACUCAAGGAGAGGAAGCAGAAGACCUUGAAGUAGACAUGGAUAAAAUAAAAGCUACUCCCCAGCUGUGGACGAUCCAUCGUGAUGGUGAAGUUCUUCUGAGGUUAUCAAAGCACGGGCCAGGCCAUGAGGCUCCAAUGACCAUUCCUGAAUUUUUGCGGGAGUCAGUCAACCGAUUCGGGACUUAUCCAGCCCUUGCAUCAAAGAACAACGACGUUUGGGAAUAUCUGAAUUACAACCAGUACUACGAGGCUUGUCGGAAGGCUGCAAAAGCUUUCCUCAAGCUGGGCUUGGAGCGUUUCCAAGGAGUUGGCUUCCUGGGGUUUAACUCAGCCGAGUGGUUUAUUGCUGCACUUGGUGCCAUCUUAGCAGGGGGACUUUGUGUUGGCAUUUAUGCCACAAACUCUGCUGAGGCCUGUCAAUACAUCAUCAAUCACUCCAAAGUGAACAUCUUACUGGUUGAAAAUGACCAACAGUUACAGAAAAUCCUUUCGAUUCCAAAAGCCAGGAUGGAGACCUUAAAAUCCAUCAUCCAGUACAAGAGUCCAAUAAAGGACACCGGUACCAACCUGUAUUCCUGGGAUGAUUUCAUGGAACUUGGCGACACUAUUCCCGACACCCAGCUGGAACAGGUUAUGGCCAGCCAGAAGGCCAAUCAGUGCGCACUUCUCAUCUACACCUCAGGGACCACGGGCAACCCCAAAGGGGUCAUGCUGAGCCAUGACAACAUCACGUGGUUGGCUGGUGCAGCGGCGAGAGACUGCAACCUGUGUUGCCCCCCAGUAAAGCAAGAGGUUGUGAUCAGCUACCUUCCCCUCAGCCACAUUGCAGCACAAAUGAUGGACCUCUGGAUACCCAUUAAGGUCGGGGGUCUCACUUUCUUUGCUCAACCGGAUGCUCUCAAGGGAAGUUUGGUGAAUACUCUACAGGAGGUGAAACCUACUGCCUUCCUGGGGGUGCCCCGAGUCUGGGAGAAGAUGCAGGAGAAGAUAAAGGAAACUGGUAGCAAGUCUUCAAACUUGAAGAAGAGAGUGGUUUCAUGGGCGAAGAUGGUUGGCUUAAAGGUCAAUAUGAAGAAGAUGCUGGGGUCACAUGAGAACCCCAUGAGCUUCCGAAUGGCGAAAGCCUUGGUGUUCAGCAAAGUCCGGAGUGCCCUCGGCUUCGACCGCUGCCACCUUUUUGUUAGUGGGGCUGCACCGCUCUCCCAGGACACCGCCGAGUUCUUUCUAAGCUUGGACAUCCCUAUAGUUCAGAUGUACGGGAUGAGUGAGAGCUCUGGACCACACACAGUAUCCACCCAGGAGAAUCACAAGAUUCUAAGCUGUGGCAAGGUUGUAACUGGCUGCAGGAACAAGCUGCAUGAGCAGACCAAGGAUGGCACUGGGGAGGUCUGCUUUUGGGGCCGACACGUCUUCAUGGGCUACUUGGAAAGAGAAGAUGCAACCAGAGAAGCCAUCGAUGAAGAGGGCUGGCUGCACUCGGGGGACCUCGGCCGCGUGGACAGCCAGGGUUUCCUCUACAUCACCGGCCGCAUCAAAGAAAUCCUCAUCACUGCUGGUGGAGAGAACGUCCCCCCAGUCCCCAUCGAGGACUUGGUGAAGGAGAAGCUUCCCAUCGUUAGUCAUGCCAUGCUGGUGGGAGACAAGGCGAAAUUUCUGAGCAUGCUGCUGACAUUGAAGUGCCUGACGGACCCGACAAGUGGGGAGCCGCUGGACAAACUGACGUUGGAGGCUGCCAGCUUCUGCCAGAAGCUGGGCAGCCAGGCGGCCACCGUGAGUGACAUCGUGGGACCGCAGGACCCCUUGGUGUUCGCAGCCAUUCAGAGGGGCAUCGAUGCUGUGAAUCGGGAAGCCACUUCCAAUGCCCAGAAGAUUCAGAAGUGGGCCAUUUUGGAGAAGGACUUCUCCAUCGCUGGCGGAGAGCUCGGUCCAACGUCAAAACUUAAGAGAUAUUUCGUAACCCAAAAAUACAAGGCAGAAAUUGACAACUUCUACAACUGACUUCUUCAGCGGAGCUGCUCUCGGCUGCCCUGACGCCUCAAACAGGAAGAUCCCAUAUCAUGUGAUGUGAUUGAAGUUUUUGGCCAGAGGUUCUUCUUCUGGUUUCUAAGAAGCCACGCUGCCUGUAGUCUGUCUCUUGAUCAUCCGUCCAUCAAAAAAGGGUUCCUGGAAGUUUCUGCCCUGCUGUUCAAAACGACAGGCUCAUCGUAGAUCUUUGAGUUCAUAUAAACCAACAAGCCAUUGAUCCCAGGGAAGCUUAUUGGGAAGUCUGUGAUGGACCACCAGUUUUAGAAGCAACAUCUGACCUUCGUGGUUCCAAAUGGAAUUUUUUUCUUCUCCCUAGAAAGCUGAAUGAGCCAGAAAGAAAAGCCUUUGCAAGUUUGAAGAAGUGGGUCCCCCAAACCCACUCGCCCACCGGGAAGAAACUUGGAAGCCCCUCCAAUAAGUUCUGAUAAUAAAGAACUCCAGUAUCCCAUGUCCCAAUUUUUGGCCAGGAGAGAGCAUUUGGUCCUUUGUCAGGUGCAGUGGUGAGAGACUCAGACUUGGAAAGCAGUUCUGGGUCCAGAUUCUGACUUUCUGUGUGUGAUUUCAACUUUCUGAGGCGUAGCGGAGGUUUUUGGUCUGUAUAAACAGAAUUCAUGUUACAGGGGAGCUUUAAGAGUUGCUGAGAUAACAUACGGGGCACAGUGUCUGACCCCCGAAAGCCCUCUGUUCCAUUGAGGCAUCUUGUCUAAGUUUGCCUGAGCUGCUAUGACAAAUACUGCACAGUGAGUUGACUUCAAUAAUAAACAUUUGUUGGGCUCACAGUUAGUGACUAGAAGUUCAAAAUCUUUGUCAUACUUUCUUCCAGAGAAUGUGGCUUUCUGGUGCUGACCUACCACAAUCCUUGGGGAUUCCUAAAUAUAUAAAUUACAUAUUUAAAUUAUAAAAUUACUGUAUUACUUUAUGAUAUAAAAUAUUUUAUUAAUCUAACAUUUUUUCAUUUUUCAUUAAAAUGUUUCCAUUAAAAUUUA